GUUUUUAUAGGCGCUCAUCUGUAGCUCCGCGGCUCGGUUGGCAGUUGGUUGUUUUCUCGAUAGCCGCCCGGGGUUCCUUCACGUCGCCGCUGAACUCCGCCACUGAAGUCUGUCAUUACAGCGGCACACCAGGCGGUUUACAGAUUACAGAUGGACCAGCAGGACCAGUCCUAUAUGUUUGCCAGUCUGAAGCGGCCUCACUCGGAGCAGUUGCUGCAAGGCCUCCAGCUCUUGCGGCAGGAUCACGAGCUAUGUGACAUUGUCCUGCGCGUGGGUGAUGCCAAGAUCCAUGCUCACAAAGUAGUGCUGGCCAGCAUCAGUCCGUACUUCAAGGCCAUGUUCACGGGUAACUUGUCGGAAAAGGAGACCUCCGAAGUGGAAUUCCAGUGCAUCGAAGAGACGGCCUUGCAGGCCAUUGUUGAAUAUGCCUACACGGGUACCGUGUUUAUCACCCAGGAGACUGUGGAAUCUCUGCUGCCGGCCGCCGACUUACUCCAGGUCAAGCUUGUCCUUAAGGAGUGCUGUUCCUUCUUAGAGAGCCAGCUCGACGCUGGAAACUGUAUCGGCAUCUCCCGCUUUGCAGAGACCUACGGCUGUCAUGACCUGUGCUUGGCCGCCACCAAGUUCAUCUGUGAGAACUUCGAGGAAGUUUGUCUCACGGAGGAGUUUUUCGAACUGACGAGAGCAGAGUUGGAUGAAAUCGUGUCCAAUGACUGUCUUAAGGUGGUCACAGAGGAGACUGUGUUUUACGCCCUGGAAUCAUGGAUCAAAUAUGAUGUGACUGAGAGACAGCAGCAUCUGGCUCAGCUGCUGCACUGUGUCCGCCUUCCGCUACUCAGCGUCAAAUUUCUCACCCGCCUAUAUGAAGCCAACCACCUUAUACGAGAUGACCACGCAUGUAAGCACCUGCUCAACGAGGCCCUCAAAUAUCAUUUUAUGCCGGAGCACCGGCUGUCCUAUCAGACUGUGUUGUCAGCACGACCACGGUGUGCCCCGAAGGUGCUGCUCGCGGUAGGAGGCAAGGCUGGACUGUUUGCCACGUUAGAAAGCAUAGAAAUGUAUUUCCCUAGGACCGAUUCCUGGAUCGGACUGGCCCCGCUCAGUGUACCCCGGUAUGAAUUUGGAGUGGCAGUGCUGGACCACAAGGUGUAUGUGGUGGGAGGCAUCGCCACGCACAUGAGACAAGGCAUCAGCUAUCGGAGACACGAGAGCACGGUGGAGAGCUGGGACCCCGAAAGCAACACCUGGUCCUCGGUGGAGCGGAUGGCCGAGUGCCGCAGCACCCUCGGCGUUGUGGUCCUGGCGGGCGAGCUGUACGCCCUGGGAGGCUACGACGGCCAAUAUUACCUCCAGUCGGUGGAGAAAUACGUGCCCAAGUUAAAGGAGUGGCAGCCUGUGGCUCCCAUGACCAAGUCCCGCAGCUGCUUUGCCACCGCGGUGCUGGAUGGCAUGGUGUACGCCAUCGGCGGCUACGGCCCCGCCCACAUGAACAGCGUGGAGCGCUACGACCCCAGCAAGGACGCCUGGGAAAUGGUAGCCUCCAUGGCAGAUAAAAGGAUCAACUUCGGAGUGGGCGUCAUGCUCGGCUUCAUAUUUGUGGUGGGUGGACACAACGGCGUGUCCCACCUGUCGAGCAUCGAGCGGUACGAUCCACAUCAGAACCAGUGGACGGCCUGUCGGCCAAUGAACGAGCCUCGCACCGGUGUGGGCUCUGCUAUCGUCGACAACUACCUCUAUGUGGUGGGAGGUCACUCCGGGUCGUCCUACCUGAACACCGUCCAGCGCUACGACCCCAUCUCAGACAGCUGGUUGGACUCGAGCGGCAUGAUGUAUUGCCGUUGCAACUUCGGUCUGACGGCCCUUUGACCCAUGGCCCAGCCGGCUCGGACCAAAUGAGCCAACUUAGACACAAACAAGGUUUCUUUUCUUUUCUGCUCCUCCCGCCCCACAUUCAUCCUCCAAGUGCUAAAGAGCGCUUGCACAUCAAUGUGAACACCACAGGGGAGAGAGAGAAAUGGAGAGCCUGCUGGUUGGAUGGAUGUGCUGGCUGGCUGGCUAGAGUUGGGUGGGGCACACGGACGGGGCGGCAGAAAUGAGAAAGAGCUGCAAAGUUGUGCAGAACAGAGAGGCGAGACGAUUGGACAGCGGUUGUCCCGGGCCGUUGCUGCCGGACCCCAAUGUGGACACUGAGCCAUUUCCCAGGGGACGGUGGGAGAAAACCAGUCACUUUUGUUUCAAAAGUUCUGUUAAGUUAGCAGACAUUAUUCAGUUUUUCUUCAUGCCAUUAAUUGUGUUAAACACAAUUUGAAAAAAAAAAAAACUAAAAGAAAAAACGAUUUUCCUGCUGCAGCUGGAACCAUGUGUUCAGAUUUUCUAGAGCACCGCAGUUUGCUGGUGUAUUUGAAUGUGGUUGUUGGCCGUGGAGGUGUGUGUGCGUGUGUGUGCGUGCGUGUGUGCAUGUCGGAUAGGAUUGUUUGUUUUGUUACGUGUCAGGGUGCUGAGCUGAUGCUCGGGCUCAGCGACGCAGGUGUUCUGCAUCAAAAUCAGUGCUUCACAAAAAAGAGAAAAGUUGAAAUCUUUAUAUUUUCAAAAAGGGCUGCUUUUUCUCUAUUGUAAAUAAGUCUAAAUAGAAAUAUAUAUAUAUAUAUAGAUAUUAAUAUAUCCUCUAGUGCAUUGCCUGUAAAUGUUAUUCUGCACUGGGUCACUAGGGUGUGAGCGGAUGUGUUUGUAGUUGGAGGGUCAGCGUAGACGUGAGUGACACAUCCUCCUGGGAGCCAAUGUCACACGUUUCUGCUUCAUCCUCGGAGAAAUAAAAUAAAAAUAAAAAAUGAAAAAAUCCCUACCUUCUUGUUUCUGUUACAUCUUCUGAAGGUCGGGUCAUACACUUCUACUCUUGAGAAUAGUUGAAAUCGGCCGUGGCCCCCUUUCCACCCUUUGGUCUGCAUACAAUACCAACUGGUGCUAUAUUUAGGAUUCAGGAUUCAGCUCUUUGUCUGUGUUGCCUCACGCAAUUGGGUCAACCUCCAUCCAGCCGCUGCCUAAGAUGCUCCUGAUUUGAUUCAAGCACUUGCAGUGUUUUCCAUGCCGCCCCCCCCUCCACCACCCCCAAGCUGUAAACCCUAGGAGGAAACUGACUUGUAAUUGCGUGACGGUUAAUGGCCAACCAUGCAAUAAAACUAAAAGGACAGCCUGUGGUUGGGGGGCGGGGGGAACCAGCAACUGCUCUCCAUCAAUUUCUAGAAAGUCAGAGAAAACCAGCUUGGACUGGUUCAAUUAAUUCAUUUUCAUUUAGAAAAGCCCAGGAGGCUGGAUAUGAGCAUGCUUUGUCAUUGUCUUAAUUCCUGUUCUACUGUCCCUCGCUCCAUUUAUCCAUGUAUUUAUUUAUUCUGCCUGGGCUCCAGGCUGCCCCCUGCUGUCGAACAUGGGACCCUCAUGUAGCCCCGGGCCUUGUCUGCAGGCUCGGGCUCGAGGUGAACGAUCGCAGCUCAAUUUGAAGUGCCAAAACACAACUUCCUUUCUUUUCUUUUUGUGCAUCUUUUCCCCCCUCCAGCAUGAGAAACUGCUUCCUUCGAGUGCCACUGUUCAAACUAACAGACGGGCGACGCAAGGCACAGCGCUGGAGGGGGUCACCGGUCUAUGAAAGGCUAAGGGGGGGGGGGGGGGGGAGGAGGUCUUGUUUAGUCACUUAAUGUUCAGGUCUAGUUUGAAUUGCUCUCUGCACUGACGUUUGCACAGUAGUGGAAACUUUAACCAAGCUCUGCAUUGCACUUACCAAACUAUUUGAUACAUCGUGUAACUUGUGCAUACGUUCUCAUUUAGGAUAACGGCAUUUAGGCAAUGCAAUAAGACUUGUGUUUUCUCUGUGGAUGAAUAUGUACGCGUUUGUCUCUAAACAGCCAAGGCAUCUCAUAUUGCUGUAACAGAAACCAACAUGGCAUGUCUGUAGGCGGUGACGUCUGAUGGGACAUCAACUGCCCCGUCCCACCAGGCCGCGGCUCGUGUUGUCAUGUUGUUGUGCAUGCCGGUUUCGUGUGUGCCAGGCCGAUGUUUGAGGUAGCUUCAGAUGGAUUGCGCACAAUUACUGCAUUCAUUAUAAUUAAUGUCCCAACACAAAGUAUACACCUUUUUUAUUGUUUUUAAUUCUGCUUUUUCCACCUGGUAUACAAGUCUUGUGAACAUUAGACAAGUCGAUGUCUAAACUGCGUGUUUUAAACAUUAGGGAAACUAUUACUACAGACAGGAACUCAAAUGAUUUUUGGCAAAUUUGUUUAGGAUCUAAUUGGUGAGACAUUUAAUCGGUUUGCUUGUUUUCAUCACCAUGUAGAGAACUUUACUUCUGAUUUCUGGUUUAUUUAGAAAGCGUAACGUAAGCAACCAAAACAUUUCUGCAAAUGUGUCAUUUUGUUUUAAAUAUGACUUUAAUUGUAUUCAUAAUUUGUACUGUUGUGUCCUGUAACCUGAUUUCGUUAGUCACUUGACAGCCGCAGCACAAAUCACGCAGGCGUAAUUAUGUGCUGCGGCCAUGAUUCACUUCAUUCAUCAGCAUCCGUGUUGUGUACAGUCAUGAUUUCUGAGGUGUAUAUUGAUUACUAAUUUGAUUCAUUUUUGGAGCGAUGCUGAUUAAAAUCUGCAAACGUGGAUCUGCAAAAAGAAGGGAUGUUAUAUAUUGAGUUUGUAUGCAUUUUCAUUAUGGCCUAACCAAUGUCAUGUUUUUGCCACCACUUUCACCAAAGUGCUCGUUCAAAGAAAGCCGAUGGAUGACCAACACCUGGUCUGCCACUAAUGUUUGUGUCAGAAAGAGAAAAUCCUUUUGAAAUUGAUGUCAAUGUUAGCCAAAUAACCACUCUGCUUCUUUUACAUUUCCCAUUUUGUGUCUGGAGUAAGGUGACGAUCUUGAAUUUUAUAUCCUGUGGAUUAAUACUGGAAGUACAAGAUGACCUGAGGUGUAGAAACCGUAGCUUUUCACAUUUUGUCAUGUUUUUUUGAUUGAAGACAUUUUACAUUCUAGUCAGUUUGUGUGGUGCAGUUGUACCCAAUUUAAAAUAAAUGCCUGCCUUAAAAGGUA